GCCGCCGUCCGAAUCACCAUCACCAUCACCACUUCUCGCCGGAGAACCACAAAUCCACCGCACCCAAGAGAGUAGAGGGGAGAAUUCGGCGGCGGACAAGAUGGUGUGCAUCCGGCAGGCGACCAUCGACGACCUGCUCGCGAUGCAGGCGUGCAACCUGAUGUGCCUGCCGGAGAAUUACCAGAUGAAGUACUACCUCUACCACAUGCUCUCGUGGCCGCAGCUCCUCUUCGUCGCCGAGGACUACGGCGGCCGCAUCGUCGGCUACGUGCUCGCCAAGAUGGAGGAGGACCCCUCUGAGCCCUGCCACGGCCACAUCACCUCCCUCGCCGUCCUCCGCUCCCACCGCAAGCUGGGGCUCGCCACCAAGCUCAUGUCCGCCGCGCAGGCCGCCAUGGACCAGGUCUUCGGCGCCGAGUACGUCUCCCUCCACGUGCGCCGGUCCAACCGCGCCGCCUUCAACCUCUACACCUCCACACUCGGGUACCAGAUCCACGACAUCGAGGCCAAGUACUACGCCGACGGAGAGGACGCGUUCGAUAUGCGCAAGCCUCUGCGGCAGCCGCAGCCUAAGAAGCACCACCAUCAUCACCACCACCACCACGGCCCCGGUGGAUGCUGCUCCCACGACGCUCCUGCGGCGGCGGCUGGUUCUUCUCCACAGUCUUCUAAUUCGCCGGAUAAGAAGUCUAACACUUGACAUGGGGCUGGUAAGCGGAUUACAUUCUUAGUUCGGUGUAGAAUGAAGUGAUUGUGCCUCUCCUCACCUUUGGUUUCUUGAGAUUGUUCACUCUCAAGGAAGCCCAGUCAUGGAGGCACAGAGUUACUUGUGAGUUUAACGUGGAAGCUUGCUGUUUCUUAUGGUAUUGCUUCUAAAAUCGCUCACUAAAUCGGCUCUGGUUGCUUGUUCUCAGAUUACGUUUAACUUCUGGUAUAUUAACGUUAUUGUCUGUCAAUCGUUGUUAUAUAAUUUCAGUUCGCUAGGCUUUUUUCAUCACUUUUAAAUUAACGUACUAUUUUUUUUUGUAGUGAUAAAGUUGUAUUUGACUUGCUUCUAUCCAAUGAUGAAUUGCCCUUUAAAUUAGGUGUAGAUCGCUCCAAGUCUCUGAAUUUCAGGGAGAACCUACUUGGGGUCCUACAUUGAAAUGAGAUAUAUGGGCCUUUACUGAGCUUUAUAAUUGAAGAAUUUUCCAAAGUUUUGAGAAAAUGAUGGUGCAUUUAUUUAUAGCAUGUUUUCAUUGCUAGUCCUAUGAUGAUUUGCCUGAUGUGUGAGAUGUAGAUAGCUCCAAGUCCCUGCUCGUCAGGGAGAACCUACUUGGAGUCCUACAUUGAAAUGAGAUUUCUGGGCAUUCUCUGAGGUGUUUUUUUAGUUUGCUACUGUACUCUGUUGUACUCUGUUCAGCUUUUUUCCCUGUUGUGUUUGUAUCUUAAUUAGUGGAAUGCAUUCAUUUGAAAUUCUUGCAUGUACCAAUGAUGUGUUGUCCACAAUUCGAGGUGUAGUUGACUUCCAAGUCCCUGCUUCAGGGAGAACCUACUUGGGGUCCUACAUUCAAAUGAGAUGCCUGGGCAUUUCCUGAGGUUUGGAAUCGAUGCCAGAUGUUUCUAUGUUAUUUGUAUGCAUACUGCAUGAGAAUUGUUCUUUAUGACUGAUUUGGAACGGUGCUUAGGGCUUUUUGCCAUUUUUUUAACUGCUCAAGUCAUAUUACUGAGAUGAUCUUCCUUUUACUGGGACUCAGCGAAAUAACGUGCUUUGCGAAACUUGGCUGCCUGUGAUGAUUUUGUCUGCAAAAUGGAUGUCCUGUGGACUCAAGUCCCUGCUUAAGGGAGAACCUACUUGAGGAAGCAGUGAAUAACAUGACAUCAAAAUCAUGUAUCUGAGGCAUUGUGGGAAAAAAUGCU